AUGAAAGACCUCAAGAACCUUCUCGCUCUGCUGAGCAUCGGCGUACUGUCGACUGCAGAAGCUCAGAGUUACUGCCAGGAAUUCAACAUCCCUCAGUGGCAAUGCGAUGUCUGCGGAGGCGAGAUCUCCAGCACCGGUCCAGUCCAAUGCUCGCCGCUCAAUGCCACAUUCGAUGAAAUCCAGGCUGGCCAGCCUGUAGGGAUCUACAAGUCUGCCAAAUGGCAAGGCUUCACUGUUGUUGCAGGCGGGCCAUCACCGCUGCCACACGUCGAGCCAUUCUCCAAGCCGAACGACGCCAGUGUCGGCGCUGGGAAAUCAGGAAUCGUUACCUUUGGAUACUCGGACGGUGUUGCCCCCGGUCCACCAGCACAGUACCCAUUCGGCAAUCUGUACUCCUUCCACUAUGGUUGCACGGUGCGCAAUUCCUCAGCGCUCGCACCCCAGGCCGUCCCUGGAGACUGCAAGAUCACCGUGAAGGCACAGUGUAAGCCAACCGGAGAUCUUAUUGAUGGCCAGACUCAGGAGUUCGACUACGAUGUCACCUAUAUCCCGAACAUGAACAAUAGCAUGAGCUUCCACCAAGGCGAUCCGGCCCGAGAUGCAGGAUACGCAUGCUCGAACUACACAUUCUCGGCGGUGGACCUGCUAAAUUUGCCUGUUCCGGAUCUCUUGGUUGAUUCUGUCCUCUACCGCACGCUGCGUGAUCGUUGA